CCGGAGACACACCUAGAUGGUUCUAUAAAAAAGUGUGGUGAGCAUUUAAGCUGUGCACACCUCCAGUCUUAAUUUAUAUCACAGAAGGCGAAGACAAAGGGAUUAUUUACUAAGAUGACAAGAUGUGCGUUGCUUCAAGUUCUUCUCCUCCUGUUAUCUGCUCGUUUUGCCUUCUCAGGCAACCACUCUCAUUACUUCUACACAACUCUAACCUACAAUGUAUCAUUCGGUCUUCCCUCAUACUACUCAACGAGGACGAUUGAUGAUAUCACGCUAUUCCGGUUUGACAUCGACGAGGGAGUGGUAGAACGUAAAGUUCCAUGGUUUAAGGGUGCUAAUAGAACUCUACUGACCGCCAGUAUUAAUGAACAAAGGUUUUAUCGGCUAAUGAAUUUCACGUUAUAUAGCAUCAUGGACUUUCUAAGUUACUCAGAGGGAGACCACAUUCUUCAGAAUUUAGACGGAUGCGCCCUCUUUAAUAAUGGCACAGUUAAUAUCAUAAAAAAAUAUCAUUUUAAUGGAAAACCACUUAUGUUUUUCAACUGGGAGACUGGAAAAUUUAUGGCAGAACUGCCGGAGUAUGAAGAUUUUGUUGAUGAUUGGAAUGGAAAUACAACUAUGUCUGAAAAAGAAAAGAAUAUUUCAUUGAGUGAAUGUGUUCCGCACAUACAAGAACUGCUUCAGCUGGGCAAAUGCACGCUCGAUAGGAAAGAAGUUCCAGUUGUGAAAGUGACGCACAUUCCUGUAGGCAAUGCUGGAGGAAGGCUCUACUGCCGAGCAUAUGGACAUUACCCCAAGGACAUCUUCAUAAUGUGGUACAAGAAUGGACACCACAUAUCGGAGAAGAUGAUGGAAAGGUUGACCCUGCCACUUCCUGACAUGACAUAUCUGACCUCCUUAUCUUUCAAUGUCACGUCUCUGGCUGAUGAUGUUUAUACCUGCAAGGUCAACCACAGUAGUAUGCUGCUGAAUUUCACACAGGAUUGGACGACAAGAGAUUUUGAAAACCUAAACAGAUCUCCUUCUAAUCCGCUUAUUGGGGCAGUGAUUGGUAUCUGCCUGGCCAUCAUCCUCGUCAUCACUAUCAUUGUGUUUGGUUUAGUCUCCUUUGCAAAAAGCAGAAGACAAUGACACAGAUAUCCACCAGUCAAAGAAGAUUCAUGAAGCAAGAACAUGCUGUGACCCCACAGAGCGCUAUUUACAUAUAUGAAGUUCGUUAUUAAUUCACCAGCCUGAAAUUUCCUGCAGCGUAGAUAAAAUGCAGCUGAAGGUCCUCGGAUGCCUUCAGGAGAACAUAGUGACUCAUCUCUGGUCAUGUUACGACCAGUUUACACGUAACAUCACCAUCAAGCAAGUCAGCCGGUUGUGUCUGUUUGGAAAGGCAAAUACCUGGGAGCCAAAUGCUCAAGAACAGUUUUGGUGAUCUGCUGAAUUCUUAUUGUAAAGUUGAACUUAUUGAGGUGUUUACUUCUAUAAUGUUUCUCUACUUUUAGUGGCGUCCACAUGUGUGGUACAUAAGUUUCUUGAUCAAGGGCUUCAAAUAAGCCCGAAACGUUGCAUCCAUAACUGUACUGAUGUGCCCAACCAUGUCUGGCUGAAUAAAAUCUUCACUACAAC